AUGACCAAGGAACUCGUUUCACUUCCCGCCGAGCCACCUGUGGCAUGGACAAAGCCGACGUCGGCGAACACCAAGGGUGGAAAGCUGUACAAGCCGACCCACUCCGAGCUGUUCAAGGUGGUCUUUGAGCAGAACGAGGGCGGCGACGAGGAGUCGUUCUCGAGCAAGCUGGUGGCGCUGGAGGACUUUCCGCCGAAUUCGGACAUCACCAAAUUGACGAACCUCUCCAGAGCGCCAGUCAAGGCGUACUCUAGCGUCCAGCACGGUGUAGGUCCGAACGACCACUUUGAGCUCAACUCGGAUCUGCUAUUCAUGAACCACUCUUGCGCCCCAUCUGUAUACGUCGCCCUCCCUCCCAACCGAAGCUCGGAAUGGCGGGUCAAAGCUGGGCCACAAGGAAUUCAGCGGGGACAGGACAUGACCUUCUUUUACCCAAGUACGGAGUGGGAUAUGGCUCAGGGCUUCGACUGUAACUGUGGGGCGACCAACUGCCUCAAAUCUAUACGUGGCGCCAAAUACCUCUCUCUCUCCGAGCUGGAAGAACGCGGGCACGUCAACGAACAUAUCCGCGAAAUGAAGGCGUCGCAAAAGGAAUGA